UGCAGGGUAUAAAAAUUGGCCAACAUCGCAAUCUUCUUCACACAAUUCCUUCAACUGUCUUCAGAAGAGCAGCUAAACAACCGAAACCGGCUAAAAAUGAAAUUGAUCGUCGCUGUCGCUUUCUUGGCCGUGGCCCUCGCCGCUCCUCAAGGAGAUAAAAAGCCCAUCGAAAUUGUGUCAUCCAACAGCGAAAUGAACGCCGACGGCAGCUACUCCUUCGAUUUCGAGUCUGCCGAUGGCACCAAAGUGUCUGAAAGUGGCAGCCAGAAACAAGUUGGACCCAAACCGGAGGAUAUCGGCACCGUGUCCAAGGGCUCCUACUCGUUCACGACUCCCGACGGCGUCGUCCUCACCGUCAAUUGGGUGGCCGAUGAAAACGGAUUCCAGGCCACCGGCGACCACCUCCCCACUCCUCCACCCAUGCCCGAGCACGUCGUCAAGAUCCUCGCGGACCUCAAAACCGCCGGAGUUCUAUAAAUAAUUACACAUUAUAUUAUUUCAACCGGAUGUACAUAACGCUCACAUACCCCAAACUUUGACACAAGUUGGGCUUGAGUCAACAACAAAAUUACAUUAAAACAAACGAGAAAUAAAAAUGUUUUUUCUCCUUUUAAAA